UUUGUCCACCAUUUCUAGUUUUCUUUCCCAAUAUUUAUAAAAGUACACCGAAAUAUCUCAUGAUUCAGAACAAUCCUGAAGAUGAAUUUUAUAUGGUCAUGUAGUUAAGACUUCAAAAAAUACAAAUAAGUCUUUAUUUUGUGUAUGACGAGUUGAAAAAGUGGUCAAAAUGCCUCGUGACUCUUGGUCGUCUGAUCGUAGAAGGCGGAGACGUCGCCUCCUUCUGAAACAAAGGGAGAGGAACUUUUUAGCUGCAGCCUGCAGCAUGGUGAUCAUAGUGACAUUAUGCACAGCUUUAGCGGAACCAAACUGGUUCUCUGUCCAAGGGGGUGGCUGUAAUAUGAGAUACCUUGGGGUGUACCAGUUCUUUUUCUUUGGCUCGUUUGAAAUUACGCAAACUCCUGGCCCGCUGGGGCGUCUCAUCCCGAAGAUCACGUACCAUUACACUACAGAUUACGAUCAGACUAUGAUUGACUGUGUUACGCCCAAGACUGUGAUCAUCAUGAGGAGUAUCAUCGCCCUGACAUUCCUUGGCAUCAUCUUCAGUGUCGUGGCCUUCAUCCUUGAUCUCUUUGGUCCAUCCAGUCGAACUAUGAAACUUAUCCGCCGCAAUGCCAUUGGAAAUAUUUUGACAGUGUUGAUCUGUGUGGUUAUAAACGGAUUCUGCUACUGGGUAACGGAACAGGUCAAAGAGCUUCAGAAAACAACACGGAUGCAUCUUGGAAGUAAAGUAGAGGUUGGCUUUGAUAUCAGCUUCUACUUGGUCGCUGGCGCCGGGGCAAUUUCUGUGAUAGCAACGGCAUGCAACUGUUUGAGGCGGUAUCCUCCUAUCGAUAUGGAUGACCAAGCAAACUUGUUAGAAGACUAUGAUGGCUUUGAACCCCCUGGGCCACCUGCCCCUGAAUUGACCAUGCUCCCUCCACCACCAGCUUAUGAACCUUAAGGUCUAACGCAUGUUUAGACCUCAGGAAACAAUGCUAUGAUUAUCAGUGUUGAAUUUUACAAAGAGAUAAGCUGUUAUGUUACUCUUCAGAAGUGUAGGACUGUUACUUACUGCAGUGCAGCAGUUAAGGUUAUCUUCUGAGAGUGGUCCUGGCCCCCUUCAUCAGAAGCAAAAACUAAUCUCUUCAAAGAAAUUAGUUUUGGCAAGAAUACAUUUGACCAUGAAUCUAAUCCGCUCAAGUACACCAGGACAGGACACCAGGGUCAAUUAUUGUUGUGAUCAUCAUUGUUAAAUUGUGGGUCAGCUGCGUUAGAAAAUGUACAUAAUGUAUACAAAAUGUACAUAUCAUAUGUCCAGAAUCAGCAUGAGGCACCUAGAUUUCAAAAGUUGUUGAUUCAAGUUGACAGGACAGGAUUUUUCAGAUAUACAGACGAGUUAAACUUACACUGCAAGUCAUGUGCUGUUUGAGUUUGAUAUGUCGUACUGAUGAAGCACAGUUAUUGCAAUUGUAUGACAAAGUCCUAAUCGGCAACAGGCCAAGGCCAGUCCAAUGCGUUAGUAAAUCAGGUCAGUUGGAGCUGAAUUUGUACCCUGAAACAUGACCGUUGGCGUCCGAUGCAUGAUAAAAAUCUUGAUACCUAUGUAAAGAAGUUAAGAACUACCGGUACUAGCCUAUAUAGACUAUACAUACAUGUAUAUAGUGAACUCUUAUUUUGCAUAGCGCUGCUGUUUUUACGGCCGAAGUUAUGGCCCAGAUAUGUGUUCUGAGUUCGGUGAAAUCUCACUGUUGAUAUUUAGUUUAUAAUUCAUGUGCGUCUCACAAGCAGUUACUAAAAUAUCUCUUGUGGGUCUUAUCGUCUUCUAUUGGCUGAACGAAUUGUAUUAUACAAAGAUGAAGUCUUGAUUGAAUUUCUACCUGUUGAUUUUGUGUUAAUGCUUGUUGUUAGCAUUUCUGAAGAUGGGAUCAUGAAAUGAUGCUUGAAUCCAGUCGAGUGAGUGUCCAUGAUUAUGAUGAUAGCUGAAAUUGUUGGUGAAAUCAAUGAUUUUCAGCAUUGAAGCCAAAAGAACUACACAAAUCUGUGUAUAAUAUGAAUAAGCUGUUUGGGGCUUUCAGAAUAGAAAAACUUGGCUGAAGCUACCAUCUUUGGGUAGUGAUGCAUUCAUAUUUACGGAGGGCCAAGAAUGGCCUAUUGUGCAUUGCAAACUAUAUGUAUAUUUCUGAAUAUAUAAUUUUGAUACUUGUAUCGGAGAACAUCAGCUGAAGUAAGUACCUAACCACUGCAGUAGAUAGGAGUUGUGGUCAUGUCAUGCAAAUUUUAAGAUUGUGUAAAAUUCGAGUUAAGACUUUUUCACGCCAAUUCUCAGAAAUCUAAUGUCAAAGUUGUUCUCUGUGAAUCCUCUUAAUUGACAAUCUUUAUCAGUUUUGUGGACAGUUGUUUUGCACCAUUGAACUUGAUCUGUCCACAUGAGUAUAAUGUCUUCAUGAUGUAAUGGUAGAUGUACAGGAGAUAUUAUUUAAUAAAACACCUAUUUAUUUACUAA